AUGAUUUAUAUUGAUCACGAUGGCAAUCUCCUGGUUGAGACCUCACCCUUGCUUGCGGGGCGCGGCGGAGCCAUCUUCACGCCGGAUGUAGCGGGCCGUUUUAUGGAAGCGGUGAUCUCGAGUUCUCAACCCGACCAACAACACCCUUCCCCUUACCCAUGGAAUAUGGAGCCGAACGCUGGUUGGGCGUGCGCCAACAGCCAUACUAAACCCGUCGAAUUGAUACCUUGCGAAUUGCAGUCUCAACGGAGCCGGCAAAAGCGACGUGCCUUAAAGCGACCUCGACCUAAGCCUACCCCAAACCCUCCAGCACCACUGAGACAGACGAUUCUCCGAGUCAGUAACAGGGACCUACUGCGGCAGUAUUAUGAAAAGGCAUUUGAAAACUUUCAGCAAUUAAAUUGCCGAGCCAUCGCCAAAUCAUAUAUAAAACUCCUCGAGCCGCGAAAGCAGGUAAAUUAUCCUUACAACGGGCGCAAAGUCGUCUCCGGCAUAAUACAACAGAUCGACACCGAGCUUACUAAGCCUGGGUGGUGGCCUGCUGGUACGAUACAUCGGGAACCUGAUCACCUACUGAAGAGCGACCGAAUUCGACUCCUGGUUCAUAUACUAUGUGAUCUUAAAGACACCCACGGAGUCACUGCGGACAAGCUCCGGAGGGCCAGUCUCGACCUGCGCCGCUAUAUAACGCCGGCAAUUCGGCUGCAAGUUCUGGAUGAGAUUUAUUUCGUGCGACAGAUGGAAGAGCAAUUUUUGGAAGGAGAGAUCGAUCCCAACACCCUAAUUCAGACGACCCAGACUCUGCUCCCUGUGGACGUUCAUGACAUCCACCAAGCUCACGUGUCACCUCACAGCGUACCUGCUAUCCCUGGUCUACUUUUAGAUGCCGACAAUGAUAGACAGGGCUCCCGCGACGAUAGACAUCCGCCCUGUGAUUAUGGCUCUUCGAUGAUACAAAGCCGGCAAAUUUGCCCGCUCUCACACGCCACCAGUGGAUAA